CUGUCCCCUGCCAGGGGGACAUGGCCCCGCUGCUGGCGCUGCUGCUGGCGGCCCUGCUGGGCUCGGGCCGGGCGUGCCCGGAGCCCUGCGCUUGCGUGGACAAGUACGCGCACCAGUUCGCCGACUGCGCCUACAAGGAGCUGCGGGCCGUGCCCGCGGGGCUCCCCUCCAACGUGACCACGCUGAGCCUCUCGGCCAACAAGAUCAGUUCUCUGCCCCGCGGCGCCUUCGCCGAGGUGACCCAGGUGAGCUCGCUGUGGCUGGCGCACAACGAGAUCGCCGCCAUCGAGCCCGGCGCGCUGGCCGUGCUGGUGCAGCUGAAGAACCUGGACAUCAGCCACAACCAGAUCGUGGAGUUCCCCUGGCGGGACCUGCGCAACCUCAGCGCGCUGCAGCUGCUCAAGAUGAACAACAACCGCAUGGCCGCGGUGCCGCCGGACGCCUUCCGCACGCUCAAGGACCUGCGCUCGCUGCGCAUCAACAACAACCGCUUCGCCACGCUGGCCGAGGGCAUCUUCGACUCGCUGGGCUCGCUGUCGCACCUGCAGAUCUACAACAACCCCUUCGAGUGCACCUGCGCGCUGCGCUGGCUGAAGCGCUGGAUGGAGAGCACGCUCAUCUCCAUCCCCGAGAAGGAAUCCAUCGCCUGCGCGCUGCCCGAGCGCCUCCGCGGGGUGCCGCUGGCCAGGCUGCCCGAGCUGCGCUGCGCCGCGCCCGCCGUCAGCCUCAGCUCCUCGCCCAGCCUGGAGGCGGCCGAGCUGCCGGACGGCUUCGCGCUGAGCCUGCACUGCUCCGCCAGCGGCUCGCCGCCCCCCGAGCUGCGCUGGAAGAUCCGCACGGCCGGACAGAGCCUGGAGCUGGGCGGGAGCGGAGCGGAGAGCGCGGCCAAGGAGGCGGCGCGGGCGGAGCCCGAGCGCUUCGUGGCCUUCAAGAACGGCACCUUGCUGAUCCCGCGGGUGAGCAAGCGCGAGGAGGGCACCUACACCUGCGUGGCCACCAACGAGGUGGGCACCAACCACUCCUCGCUCAGCGUGGCGGUGGCGGGAGCGCAGAAAUACCCGGCGGCGGGCGGCAGGGACCCGCUGGGCGGCAAGGCGCAGCAGGGAGACAAAAAAACCGGCGUCAAGGCGGCCAAAAACAGCGUGCUGACCCCCGAGGAGAGCGGCAAGGCGCAGGGCCCCACCCGGCAGAGCCGGCCCUCCCCGGCGGCGGGGCCGGAGCCUGAGGGCCGGGUCCCCGCCGAGCCGCCGGGGCUGGAGGAGAAGUGCGGCUCCUCGGCGGGAGGCACCAAGUACAUCUCCAACCACGCCUUCAACCGCAGCGGCGACUUCAAGCAGCACAGCUUCGAGCUGGGCGUCAUCGCCCUGGACGUGGCCGAGCGCGACGCCCGAGUGCAGCUGACGCCCACCCAGCCCGGCUCGGGCCACCUGGGCGUGCUCUAUCUGUGCCAGCAGGGCCGCCAGGGCCACUCCCUGCUGCAGUGGUCGCAGAUCGAGGCCGGCGUCAACUCGUACUGGUUCCAGGGCCUGAGCCCCGGCACCAACUACUCGGUGUGCCUGAGCUCGCCGGGCGAGGAGUGCCGGGUGCAGGUGGUGUUCACCACCAAGAAGGAGAUCCCGUCGCUCAUCAUCAUCGUGGUGGUGGCCAUCUUCCUGCUGCUGCUGGCCACGCUGCCGCUGCUGGGCGCCACGUGGUGCCACCUGCUCGCCAAGCUGCGGGCCAAGCCCUACAAGUUGAUCGUCAAGGCGCAGAACCCCGACCAGAUGGAGAAGCGCAUGGCCGCCGACUUCGACCCCCGCGUCUCCUACCUGGAGUCCGAGAAGAACUUCGACGCCGGGGAGGCGGGCGAGGCCGAGGAGGAGGAGGAGGAGGAGGAGGGAGAUGAAGAAGGAGCGCGGUGGCGGCGCGGGAGGGAGGGGGAAGGCGCGGCGGAGCUGGAGCGGGAGGAGAGCGUGGCCGCCAGCUCCAUGGCGGAGUCGCAGUCCAAGGGCGGCGCCGAGGAGUUCGAGGUGCGCUCCGAGUACAGCGACAAGCUGCCCCUGGGCGCCGAGGCGGUCACCAUCUCCCCGGAGAUCAACG